CCCCUCUUCAUCCCAAAUCAUCACCUGUGGCUCCAAAUCCACCGCAAGAUUUCAUCUCAACACUGUCACUCCCUACCAGAACCAAAGAGUAGCCUCUCUCCUCUUAAACCCAUUUCACUUCGCGCUUGUUUUCUUGUGUUCCUUUGGUUUUUCUUGCUGUACAGAGCAAACCCAUAUUUUCUUGUCCACGAUAACGAUUCCAUGGAUUAAUAUAGACCGAGUACUUAUCUCACCUGCAACACAAAACAAUGCGUACUUCUGGCUUAACUCAAGAACCCAUCCGUCUGUUCGAUGCUUUAUCCAAAUGGGACUGCUUCUUCGAUUCUAAAGCUUCUUGGCACUUGGAUUUUAAUGGGCAAUCUUCUAUUUUGUCGAAUCUGCGCUUUGAUGGAGUCGAUACCAUUGGCAAGAAGAGGCAAAGGUCCAAGGUGGUGGCUUCUUUGGGUUUGGGCAGAAGUGCCUCAAGGAUUCAGAGGAUUUGGCGUAACUUCAAUAGUGUUGUUAGAUUGCACUGUGAAAGGAUCCCAAUUGGGUUUGCCUCAGUUGGUGUGUCUUCGGGAGAGAAUGGAUUGGGAGAAAAUGGCUGUGGUGUUUUGGACGAGGAAAAUCUGAACUUGAAUGGUGUGGAAGCAGAGAAAUCGAAGAAGGUGCUUAUUUUGAUGAGUGACACUGGUGGUGGUCACAGAGCUUCAGCUGAAGCCAUUAAAGCUGCCUUCAAUGAAGAAUUUGGAGAUGAGUAUCAGGUAUUUGUUACAGAUUUGUGGUCGGAUCACACGCCUUGGCCCUUCAACCAAUUGCCCAGGAGCUAUAACUUCUUGGUGAAACAUGGUCCUCUCUGGAAAUUGACAUAUUAUGGGUCUGCUCCUCGUGUGGUGCAUCAAUCCAACUUUGCUGCUACUUCAACAUUUAUAGCUCGAGAGGUUGCUAAGGGGCUGAUGAAAUACCAGCCUGAUAUUAUUAUCAGUGUGCAUCCUCUUAUGCAACAUGUUCCACUGCGUAUAUUGAGGGCAAAGGGUCUUUUGGAGAAGAUCGUGUUUACCACAGUUAUAACUGAUUUAAGCACUUGUCAUCCUACAUGGUUUCAUAAACUUGUAACUAGAUGCUAUUGCCCGACAACUGAGGUGGCAAAAAGGGCAUCAAAAGCUGGACUACAGCCUUCUCAAAUCAAAGUUUAUGGCCUCCCAGUGCGACCUUCAUUUGUGAAGCCUGUUCGACCUAAGGUUGAAUUAAGGAGAGAGUUGGGAAUGGAUGAGGAUCUUCCUGCUGUGUUACUUAUGGGAGGAGGCGAAGGCAUGGGUCCCAUUGAGGCUACAGCUCGGGCACUUGGCAAUACAUUGCAUGAUGAGUCUACUGGUGAGCCAAUAGGUCAGGUUCUUGUGAUUUGUGGCCGCAAUAAAAAACUUGCCAACAGAUUGCUUUCAAUCGACUGGAAGAUUCCUGUUCAGGUGAAGGGAUUCAUCACUAAAAUGGAAGAAUGCAUGGGUGCUUGUGAUUGCAUUAUUACGAAGGCAGGACCAGGGACCAUUGCAGAAGCGAUGAUACAGGGCCUCCCUAUAAUACUGAAUGAUUAUAUUGCUGGACAGGAGGUUGGGAAUGUGCCAUAUGUGGUGGAAAAUGGAUGUGGGAAGUUCUCUAAGUCACCAAAAGAGAUUGCAAAAAUUGUUGCUGAAUGGUUUGGUCCAAAAGCGUAUGAGCUCCAGGUCAUGUCUCAGAAUGCAUUGAAGCUGGCUAGACCAGAUGCAGUGUUUAAGAUAGUUCAUGAUAUGCAUGAGUUGGUAAGGCAAAGAAGUUUACUUGUACCUCAGUAUUCUUGUACAUCUUAACCUGAUCAAUUUUGCUGUGCUUUUGAUAAAAUGCUUUUAUUGGAAAAUUAAA